AUGGAUCUGCCCGCGGAGCACACGCCGGUGGCAACGCCGAUGCCCGACCCGCCCUCCGGCGACUUCAUGACUGUCGAGCAGUGGGAGACCAUCUUCGCUCUGCUGGACGGCGUUAUCCCAGCUAUCGCUGAGGCCUCCAUGUUCAGCGAGAAGGCCCAUCUCACGCUGUCGACAUCCGAGUACGAGAAGCUCCUGGAGCGCGGGACCAAGUCGCUGCUCGAAGCGCCCUCUCGCGAUUCCGUCAAGGAAUUCUUGCGAUACAGACCCUCCGAUGACGAGGCAUUCCGUCUCGACGUCCUCAACACCUUGGCAAUUACACCGCAGAGGAAGCAGCUUGCCAAGAUCAUGAACCUCCUCGGCACUCACUACGGUAGCCUUCUCCUGACUGGCUACUGGAGUCCCGUCACCCAGCAGCCCGUGAAAAAUCGCGAGGCGAUCAUCAAGUCGUGGUCCCAGUCAAGACUGCCCAGCCUCAGAAUGCUCGCCAAGGCUCUCGUCACAACAGCCCACAAGGCUCACGCCAUGUCCAGCCCCUAUUUUGGCUCACUGUCCGGCUACACGGACGUGCCCGUCAACUGGAAGGCCGGUGACGGCUACGACUACAAAUUCAUCCAGGUCGGCAGCGGCGACGGUGUCCACGAGAUCUCUACCGACGUAGUCAUCGUCGGUUCUGGCUGUGGCGGUGGAGUUUCCGCGAAGAACCUCGCCGAAGCUGGCCAUAAGGUCAUCGUCGUCGACAAGGGUUACUACUUUCCUCCUUCCCAGCUGCCCAUGCCUCAGAGUGCUGGCGCCAAGUACCUUUACGACCAUGGCGGCGUCACGAUGACAGACAACACGAGCGCCGGCAUUGCUUCUGGUGGUGCCUGGGGCGGCGGCGGCACUGUCAACUGGAGUGUCUGCUUCCGGCUGCAGGACUUUGUACGUGAGGAGUGGGCUGCCAAGGGUCUGCCGCUCUUCAAGUCGUCCGAGUUCGACGACUGCCAAGACCGGGUAUGGGACUUUAUCGGCGCCAGCAAGAGCGGCAUCCGCCACAACCACAGGAAUCAGGUGCUGCUAAACGGCUCCAGCAAGCUGGGAUGGAAGGCCGACGCCGUGGAGCAGAACACGGCCAGCAAGGAGCACUACUGUGGCCAGUGCCAUCUUGGUUGUGGCUCGGCUGAAAAGCGCGGGCCUGCUGUGGCGUGGCUGCCGGCCGCUGGUGAAGCUGGUGCCGAAUUCAUGGAGGGGUUCGAGGCGAAGAGAAUCAUCUUUGCCUCGGACGGCGUCACCGCUAUCGGUGUGGAAGGGCUCUGGACGUCGAGGGAUUCGGAAGGCCAGAUCCACACACCACUGAGCUCUCGUACCCAACGCACCGUCCGGAUCAAAGCCAAGAAGGUCAUCAUUUCCGGUGGCUCCCUGUGGACUCCAACGAUCCUGCAGAAGAGCGGCGUGAAGAAUCCGAACGUCGGCAAAUACCUGCAUCUUCACCCUGUCAACUUUGUCUCCGCAACGUUCCAGGAGGACGUGCGGCCAUGGGAGGGCGGUAUCAUCACCAGCUACUGCGACGAGUUUGAGAACUUGGAUCGCAAGGGCCACGGCGUGAAGCUGGAGCCUUCCUGCAUGGUGCCGUAUGCGACAUUUGCCAUGCAGCCGUGGUACGGUGGCCAGGAUGCUAAGCUCCUGGCUCUCAAAUAUCGCCAUCUCAACACGUGGGUCGCAUUGACCAGAGACCGCGACUCGGGUCGCGUGUACGCAGAUCCCAAGACGGGCGAGCCGCGGGUCGACUACACCACGUCCGACUUCGACCGGGACCACACGCUGGAGGGUGUCCAGGCUCUGGCCAAGAUCUGCUACGUGACGGGCGCGACAGAGAUCCGACCACACCUGGGCGGCCUGGAGCCUUUCGUUCCCGACGACGGCGGUGAACGCCAGAGGCAGCACGUUGCCGGAAAGGACCCGGAGUUUACGGACCCCAAGUUUGCGGCAUGGCUGAAGCAGCUGCGCAAGGUCGACAACAAGCCCCCUUUCUCCAUCUUCGUGUCAGCGCACCAGAUGGGCUCAUGUCGCAUGAGCAGCAGCCCCAGCUCGGGCGCCGUGGAUCCGAACGGCAAGGUUUGGGGUCAUGAGAACCUGUAUGUCGCAGACGCAAGCGUGUUCCCAAGCGCGAGUGGUGUCAACCCGAUGGUGACGGUCAUGUCGAUUGCCGACUGGAUCUCGCGGGGCAUCUCGCGGGAGCUGAAGUAG